UUUUUUCUCGGUCAAAGGCGUCAUUAACUCAUUGGCAGGUGUUUUCACAAAACAUAGGUUAUUCCAUAUUUGUGAUAGUGUCGAAUGAAAUACCACACUUGCUGACCAACCAUGGAAAAGUCUUUGCAACGUGAGCUAACCACAGGAAAAGAGCAACUCAUCAGUUUAACAGAGCCCACAGAAAACCCAAAGCUUCCACAAGCUGAAGAAAUCACCAAAGAUAUAGCACCCGAAAGCCAUCAUGGUGAAACAAACGAGAAAAAAAAUGAACCCUCGGGAACCUUGGAUGAAGCGAAGGAUGAGGGUCAGGAAAAGGAACAAUCAGAAGUUUCCUUAAGGAAAUACGAUAAAAUCCCACUGUUCCCUGAUAAAUACCCUGGCAGUAAGAAACGGGUCACCAAGGUUUUGGACUUCUACGCCGGUAAACACAUUGCAUUCAGCGUGGAAUUUCGCCCAAAUAAAAAGAAAUCCAAUGGUGAUUGGCUGUGCUCCCAUCGAUCCUACCCGGACGACAGUUGGACCACCGUGAAAAGAAUAGAUUUGGACCAUAAGCUCUUGAACAAAUUUCGGGAAAACCCAGACUUGGAACCGGGUCGACUUCCAGAUAUCUAUAAGGUCGAGAAUGAAGGCAGCUUUUAUAUUGGAAUGGAUGGUCAUCGCGGUUCAUGCGUGGUAACGGAUCGUAAUCCUCAUCUCGAAGGUCUAUUAGAUAUCCAUAGAUGUGUAUACCUCCCCUCAGCCUUCGAAAAGAACCAGACUCUGCCAGGAUAUCUUACGCAGAAUAUACUUUAUAUGGAAUUACCCAGUGCCUCGUUAUGUACCCCCGGGGUCGCCCCUGGCGUCUUUUUCGUCACACCAAGACUGUUGGGUUGCAAUAUUUUUGUGGUCCACGAUCCAGGGCUGCACAAGUUCUGGGUGCUCCGGAUAAGCGGGAAAAAUCCUCAGAAGCCACCAGACAUCAAAUUCAACCAACAAGGAGACAUCCUUCCAAAUUAUAAGACACAUGAGCAGAAAAUGAAAGAACUCGAAGAGGCCAACAGCGAAAAGCCCCAAGGUGAUGGAAUUGCCUCGGGCUCUAGCUCCACGGAAUCUGACGAUGAGGCCAGCGAUGAGGAUGUAGACAAAAGAGGCCGUUUCCCUACCAGAAAACAUGGUUUUCUCCGAGACAAGCGAAUCAAGGCCUUAGCUGCUAAGGCUCAUCCGUCCUCACCACUGGCAAGAAUCAAGCUCGGAACAAAUGAGGAGGAUAUCAUUAUUCCCCGGGAUCGUUUUGAGGCUGAGAAUAUCAAGAAAAAGAACAGCCGAUAUCAAGACGCUAAUGCAAAUGCGACAGGAAACGCGAAAGAAAUCGGUCGACAGAUCCCCGAAGAUUGGGUGCAAACUGCCGAUGGGAACGAUCCGGACUCCAAAGAGCCCAUUGACUUACUGGCACUCAAACGGCGUUAUAAGAAAUCCACAAUUGCUGGUACGGAUCUAUAUGGCAUCAACCAGCACCCUUGGAGACCGCCCACCGCCGUUCGUAAAGCCAGAGCCAAGGAGAUUGAAACAAUCAGAAAGCCGAAAAGUUGGGCCCAAUAUUUCAGGGAAUAUCGGGGCUACGCCGAAUGCGUUUUGGACUAUUUCCGGACCCAAGGGUUCAAUACUCAUUUCAUUCUCAGAGUGGCCACCGAUCGUCAUUGGGUGGUGGAUGUCAGGGAUCAGGAGUUCUGGCUGAAAGACGUGAAUCGGAUUAACAAAUGUAAUCACUACAUGUACCGAGGCGAAGGCGUUUUUUAUGGGGUCUACCAGGAAGGCACGUGGAAAUUUGGCCUUAAGGAUCUGAACACAUCUCAUUUCAAGAGCGGUGUCCAGCAUCGGUUCCCUUUGGAAGGUCAGUUGUUCCGUCAUUCGUUUAAUUGCGAUGUGGUCGACAAUCGGAAGAAGGUCGCCAAAGAAAAUGAAGAUCGAGAGGACUUGUACAAUCGCAGUGAAGAGAGCUUUGAUCAAAUUAAUCGGCAGAUGAUCAAAGAUCGAACGAAACGAGCCGGCAAACGUGUCACCAUGCUAAUGAAAAACAACCCUCUGGCGCUAAUGGGAGCUCCAAAGACCUUGGGGAAUUUAAAGGGAGCGCCUUUGUCAAAAGGAAAAUCACCUUUAAGGACUCCAAAGCUCAACAAAGGCGUCAAAUCAACCACACCUUUAAGGACUCCAAAACUGAAUAAAGUCAUCAAAUCAACCACCCCUCUAAGGACUCCGAUCAAUUUGAAGUCAAAACCCAAGUUGGCCAACUUGCCGAAUUUAACAACGCCCUCUAAACCGCCAGUGAAAUAAAUCCAUUAUCAUACAAAAGUACGGUAUAUGCCUUUAUUGAAGAAAACCUAUAA